AUGGCUAUUUUCUCCAAAUUACAUCUUCUCUUCUUCUCCUUCAUCAUAGCCACAUGUACAAUUUCUAUUGUCUCCGGCACCGUCUUCACUUUAUCAAACCGCUGCAACUUUACUGUGUGGCCCGGAAUCCUAACCGCAAACCGCACACUACUCCGCGGCGGCGGAUUUGCCUUAGCUUCAGGUUCUUCUGUAAACUUAACCGUUUCUCCAGAAAAUGUAAAAAUGCACCGGUGCAAGAGGAGCACCACCAGCCACACUAGCAGAAUUCAGAAUCGGCUCCUCUGGAAAGAAAUACACCGUACAAGAUUCUUACGACGUGAGUCUCGUCGACGGUUACAACGUUCAGAGCUACGCGUUAACGGCUCAUCGGGUGUUGUGGCGUGUAAGAGUGCUUGUGAGGCUUUUAACAAACCGGAGUAUUGUUGCACCGGCGCUUUCAGUAAACCGGAGACUUGCCCGCCGACGAAAUACUCGAAGAUAUUUAAAGGAGCUUGUCCCACUGCGUAUAGCUAUGUGUACGAUUAUGCUUCGAGUAGAUUUACAUGUACUAGUGCUAAUUAUGUUAUCAGUUUCUGUUCUUAG